AUGAUUGGUUCCACUAUGUACUUAACUUUCUCUAGACCCGAUACUGUGCAAAGUGCUGGAAUGUGUUCAAGAUUCCAAUCUAAACCAAAAGAGUCUCACCUUUCUGCAGUUAAGAGAAUCAUUGGAUAUAUUCAUGGCACAUUUAAUUUUGGUCUUUGGUAUCCUAAGAUUGAUAAUUUAUUUGUAGUUGGUUAUCGUGAUGCAGAAUUUACCGGUGAUAGAGUUGAUAAAAGGAGCACAUCAGGCUUAUGUUGUUUUCUUGAAAAGUCCUUGAAUGUUUGGUCAAGUAAGAAGCAGCCAACAGUGGCUUUAUCCACUGCUGAGGCUGAGUAUAUAGUUGCAUCUUCUUGUUGUUCUCAGCUUAUGUAG